AGGACCCGGAGACGGGCUUCGGAGCGCGCGAGUGGACGUGGGAGGGGGGAGCGAGCCUGGGUCGGGGUCGCCGCGCUGAGUCAGGGACUGCGGGCAGCGCAGAGCGAGGGGACGCGUGCCACCCGCGGGGUCUGCAGUCAGCCGACCUCCUCGAGGGUGGUGUGUGAGACGUGGGACAGCCCGAGCCCUAGUGAGUCCGUGGAGCAGGGAUUAUGUAAUGACACCUCUCCCAAGUAGAACGCAAGGGCCGGAGGGUCUGGCAGAAGCGCACAGAUGUUGGCGAGAGCCAGAGGCCGCCUGCCCGACCUCUCGUUGGCCCCUUGGCUCCCCAUUUGUUUCUCCGAGCUUGGCGUGGAUGCCUCGAAAGCGAGGGGCUCCCUGACCUCGGUAACCUUAAAACCAGGACGUGAAAAGUUGGGAGAGGGCUUCUCCAACUCACUACCAACCAGUUGAAAGGGAAAGGGAUCCUUUUGGAGCCCCGUGUGGGAUGGUGAUGGUGAUAGACCCUGCAUGUCUCAUUUUAGCUCAAGGAGCGAGGAAACGUUUUUAGGUUUAGCAGCACUUUGGUAUCACUGUUUACAAUGCAGGUUCAAAGGAACCAGACACUAAGUUUGACUGUUUAACUUUGCUGUGCUGGAGGCAGUGGGAAGGUCAAACUAAAUUUUGAAACGAGGUAUUGGAGUCGCUAAGCUAACGGCACUUUGCAAUGAGAUUUCUCAUCCAGAAAAAGCCACCAAGACUGAGCUUCAGGCACAGUUCCAGGACUAGCUAAGGAGAGAGAUAAGCCUAUUUAAACCAGAAACUGCCCUGGUAGGAGGCAAGGGCGUACCUAUUAAAAUGCUGAAACCAAUAGCCGAGAGCCAGAGGGGGUGGAAAUUGGGGGGCAGCCUCCCACUUUGACGAUGUGAAAGUUAAACUAAUGACCAGGCUAGUCGUUCACGAUACUUAGGCUAUGUUAAUACUGCCCUGACUACCUUUCACGUGUUCCCUUGAACGCACACGACUUGUUACAGUUGUACCCAGUAGUUCGGCAUUUGAAAUUUUUAAUCCUUUUCUCUGGGUGUUGUUCCUCCUCACCCCUUCUCUUUGCGACUGAUUUCUGUUUUUACAGGAGCAGACUUAGAAACGGGAUGGUUUGGGGGAAAUAAUGGGGAAUGUCAUUAUCAUCUCACGGUUAGAUAUUUUCUUUGUUUCUGGUUUAGAAUAUGUCUUAUUAGAAGCUUUCAGGGGCACCUGGGUGGCUCAGCCGGUUAAGCGUCAGACUUCAGCUCAGCUCAUGAUCUCGUCCAUCCCGAGUUCGAGCCCCGCGUCAGGCUCUGUGCUGACAGCUCAGAGCCUGGAGCCUGCUUCAGAUUUUUGUCGGUCUGUCUCUCUCUCUCUCUCUCUCUCUCUGCCUGCCCCUCCCCCACUCGCGCUCAUGCGUGUGCUCACGCCCACGCGUUCUCUCUCUCUCAAAAAUAAAUAAACACUAAAAAAAAUUUUUUUUAAAAGGAAGCUUUUGCUGUGUGUAAUAAUUGCCUGUUUCAACGGAGGGGGAAGACCUUAUUUCCCCAAGACAUAAUGGAGAAGGCUUACAUAGAACUGCCUAUUUAAAUCCAAGCCAGAAAUUACUGAGGUCACUGUCUGUCAUCAGGGUGAUAGUAAAUAGAGGACCUAAGGUGUGUUAAGUAGGAUUAUUUCAUGUUAAAUUUAUUUCUCCAGAACCCUCAGCCAAAUUCAAGUAAAAAAUGAAGUUCAUUAAGGCAAGAGGUUAUUUACAAGGGGCAAUGUCUACAUUAUGUAGCGCACAUAACUUAUGACAUGGUCUGUGGAAGGACUGGGAAUCUCAGUACCAAUAAUUCUACAAAGUAAUAGAAAUGUCUGCGCAGAUAAGCUCUUUGAUCAUACUUGUUAGCUCAUUUCUGACUGGUACAAAUGGUAGCCUCUUAAGACAAAACAUUUAAUUCCUUAGAAGAAAGUGUUCUGAUACUCCCCUGAGUGAUGACCAAAGCAGUCAUUUCAGCCACAUAACAUUAUGGUGCUGAUCCAGAAACCACGAAGAGAGAUUCAUUGUAACAGAGUUUUUAGUGAUAGAAAGGGCCUAUAGUGACUUUUUAUUCCUUGGGGUGAUGAGUGGGUGGGUAGGAAUUCUGUGGGAAUUUAUUUUCAUUAAUUUCACAAAAUAAAACUACACUACGAGAAACUAUAAAUAUGUGAAGUCAUUACACCUAUGUUCAUUUAUACUGUUUCUUUUCAAUUAGGGGCACCUGAGUGGCUCGGUCAGUUGAGCAUCUGACUCUUGAUUUUGACUCAGGUCAUGAUCCCAGGGUCGUGGGAUCCACGCUGAGUGUGGAUCCUGCUUAAGAGUCUCUCCCUCUGUCUCCCCCUGCCCAUCUCUGUCUCUCUCCCCAGCUCACGCGCUCUCGCUUUCUCUGAGAUAAAAAGAAAUAAAUAAAAAUUAAAAAUACACGUGUACUGAAAAGAAGAAAUUAAGAAGGAGCCUUCCACUUCCAUAUGAACUGUGGUUAUAGCAACCACAUAAUUCAAGUCCUUGUUGGUCUGCAGUUCUCGAACUGUUCUUGCUCUUUGUUUGGCAGGAUUCAAGGACUACCCACUAAGUACAAUACCCACUUUACACUUUUCUUUACCACUUGAGAGUACACAGUCAAACCAUUGUCAUCUCAGAGUCUGCCUUGAUAUCUAAUUUGUUUUCAUGUUUAAGCCAACCUGAAAAAUUCUCAUUGCUCGCCGGUGUUCAUAUUCGUUGGUUUCAGUAGCACAGGAGAACGAAAACUAUUGAUACUUUUAUUUUAGAGUCUCAGUUAAAAGCCUCUUUCCUUCAUAAUCUUUUCCUCUAGUCUUUGUUUCUUCCCUCCCUGCAAAAAGAAAACAUAUUGACAGAAAGUUUCUCUCUAAAAGUUUUUUUUGUGACUCCCCUAGAGGAAGACUUCUUUUCAGUCUUCAAUGAGAUUCAAUGAGCUCAUCUUCCAUGAUCCCGUCAACCAGAGAGGACAGUUUUGAAUUAGUAUUUUUGAGUUGUGAGAUACUGUGCAGUUGCAUUUGAGCUUAGGGAGUUUAGGUUGUGAUUAUUUAGCUUUAUCAUCCAUUUAAUUGGUUGCUUUGUUAUUUAUGAGAAUAUAUUAAAAAUUUGUUACCGUUUGGUAAACUCAGACUGAGAAAAAAAAAAAGUGGUAUCUAUCAGUCUAGCUAUCGUUAAAGAUAUAUUGAGUUUAUGGCCCAAAAUGUGAUCUAACUCCUUUCUAAGCUAUAGGCAUCGAAUUAAAAGCAACAACUAUUUAGAAUUUUUAGGAUAACCAACAGGGAUUACAUUGAUAAAUUAUCAUUCCAGCUUUAUGUUAAAUUUACCUAAAAUUUUUUUUAAUGUUAAUUAUUUUAGAGAGAGAGAGACAGAGACAGAGCGUGAGUGGGGGAGGGCAGAGAGAGAGGGAGACACAGAAUCUGAAGCAGGCUCCAGGCUCCAAGCAGCCAACACAGAGCCCGACAUGAGGCUCGAACUCAUGAACUGAGCGAUCACAACGUUAGCCGAAGUUGGAUGCUCAACUGACUGAGCCACCAGGCGCCCCUUACCUAAACAUUUUAUAAAUCAACCUAACGUGUUUUUUUUUCCAUCUGACCUGAGAUUUGAUAAAGACAUCGAAUCUCAAUUAUUUCUAUCUUACAAGAGAAUGAUGUAGGGUCCCGUUUCUUGAUUUGUUAACACAGAUCAGCCUCCUGUCCAUUGUCAGCUAUUCCACACAGACACAUUUUUCAUCCCCAGAGCGAGUGAGAAAGAGAAUAUGCCUUGGAAUGGACAUUUUAUUCCUAGGAAAACCUGUUCCCAUUAAAGAGGUGUGGCCCAUGUAGCAUUAGGUACUAAUACCGAGAAUUGACAUGCUGGAGUCUAGUCUUUGGGACCCUUUCCACUUCACCUGUAGCCUCAGUGAAAUAAUGGAUGGCAAAUUCAACCACACAAUGUACAUUUUGUUACAUUUAAUAUUAUAGUGAAUUAUCAAAGUGCCCACUGGAAGAUUUCAGUUUUAUUUCCAUCCACUAUUUCUGAUGGACAAUGGGAUAAACCUUUAUUUCCAGAUCAAAGUAAGAGUCUGGGCACUAUGCAUUUAUUUUCAUAUGUUUUAGCUUCUAAUGACACUGGCUUAUCCACAACAAUCAAGGAUCAGGACAAUUCAAAUAGAUUUUGUUUACCCGUUACAAUAGAUGGCACUAACCAAGGCAGAAUGCUUUCUUAAAUAAACUAAUAAUCUAAGUAGUUUGGCAGUAGACACACAAAAUAGAAUCGUAGUUCAUGGCCAAUUUUCCAUUCUGUUGUGAACAUUCACCUUUACUUUUUGAAGGGUGUGUGUGUAAAUACUCAAAUAUUUGCAAAAACCACAUAUAGUUUUCAUUUAUUUUAUUUUUUUAAACAUAACCUAUUGUCAAAUUGGGUUAUAUCCAACACCCAGUACUCAUCCCAACAAGUGCCCUCCUCAAUGCCCAUCACCCACUUUCCCUCCCCCCCACCAUCCACCUUCAGUUUGUUCUCUGUAUUUAAGAGUCUCUUGUGUAAAACCACAUGUAGUUUUUAAAUGAUCUAGGUCAAGAAUUAAUAGCACAGAUACAAAAUUACAAUAUUAUGCUUCCUGUACCUUUAUGUUUCUGUUGUCUCUCGUGUAAAAGUUCUCUUCUGUCAUUGCAUACCAGUUCCUUGUUGACACCUGCUUGUCGUUUACCAGCCAGUGAGCACUUCAAGGCAGUGAACUGCUAGGUCUUACUCAUCCUUGCAUUUCCCCAUUCCAAGUUUAGUACCAGGCACAAAAUAUGAAGGAUGCUCUAUAAAUGUGAAUUGAAUGAGUGAAUGAAUUAAUGAUGAGCAAAUUAGUAGAUUAUGUUUAUGUUCACACUUUGUUUCUUACACACGGAAAGAGACAGGGAUUCAGUUGGAACACGUGAGUGAACGUUAGCAUUAUCUAUCUCUCGUAUAAGAAACAGCAUGAUACAUUGGAAGGAGAAAGGGUCUCACGCUCAGGCAGACCUAGGCAUCUACUUUGGCUUUGUCACUAUGCCAGCUGGUUUACCCUGGGUAAGUUACUUAAGUCUUAAAGCUCUCAAUUCUCUCAUCUGUCAAAUAAGAAUACAUACUUCACAGUCUUCUUAUGAGGAAUAAAUGAAGCAGUUUAUGUAAAGCGCCAAGCACACUGACAAGCACAUGAAAGUGUUUAAUAAAUGGUAGCUGCCUGUUCAUUUAAUCACUCGAAACAAUUUUUUUGUUGUUUUUGCUCUACUCCCAGCAUCUAAUCAGUUGCUAAAUCUGAUGGCUCCUGACUCCAAAAAGAAUAAUUAAUAGAUUCUCAUGUAGGGAAAUUGAGACAGGGUAAAUGACUUCCCAUGGUCAGACAGACAGUGCAGACUUGACCCCCAUGACCUAGAUCUGAUUUUUCAACUCACUACACUUUCCACUUCAUACUUCUCAGUGUUCCAAGAAGGAACUAACGAGGUCCUUAAUAAGGUGCUAGGGAAGGACUGCUGUGACAGUCUUCCAGUCUCCUUUUCAUCCUUCUUAUACACACUGUGGCUCUCUCACUCUCCCUAAAGCACAGCUCUGAUUUUGUCAUUCACAUGUUCAAAACCUUUAGUAAUUCUCCAUGGCCAGAUUUCUCAAACUGUCUUUCAGUUUCUAUUGCUCCAUAAUCCGUGUGUGUGUGUGUGUGUGUGUGUGUGUGUGUGUGUGCGUGUGUGUGCGUGCGCACACGCACGAGAGCAUGUGUAUCCUAUGCCCCCACCAGACCAGCCUACUUACUAACUGAGCACUUACUGACUUGACAUCUUCAGGUCUUUUGUUGCUGACCUUUCUCUUCCCUAGAAUGCCUUCUGCUUUUCCUUUUUCAGACCUACCUCUCAGGCCAUCUUCCGUGAGGCCUUUUCUGAUCAUCCUCCUUGCUACUCUUUCCUGUAAAUUCCUUAAGUACUUUGUGUAUUUUCUUAUUACAUUAAUAUUCUCUCUGAUUUUAUAUGAUAGGGUUCAUACUUAUCUUUUCUAGGUGUCCAUCUUUUUAAUCUUAAAAGGACAGUGUCUUACACAUCUAACCAAGUAUCUUGCAACUAGUAUCUGCUCAAUAAAUAUUUGUUGAAUUGUAUUAAAUUUAAAUACUUAGUUUAGGUUCAAAAGUAAUAUUUAAAUAUAAUUAUUGCUGCCGGUGAAGAUAACAGAAAUAAUUCCUUUUUUAAAUGUUUGUCUUGAGAGAGAAAGACAGAGAGCAAGAAGGGGUAGAGAGAAAGGGAGACAGAGAUCCCAAGCAGGCUCCACACUGUCAGCACAGAGCCUGACAGAGGGCUCGAAUUCACAAACUUUGAGAUCAUGACAUGAGCCAAAAUCAAUUGUUGGACACUUAACCGACUGAGCCACCCAGGCGCCCCAGAAAUAAUUCUUAAGUGAAGAAUUCACUUCUGACCCUGGCACUUGGUAAAGUCAAUGCCAGUGCUAGCAAGUAUUUGGAAACUUGUAUGUUCAUAUGCAGCUUGAUAAUAUUCCCUAAAGUGACCUUUGACUCUGAGUAUUUAGGAUUUGUUACUUUUGUUUCCUGAUGAUGUUUUCAUCUAUAAGGAAUGAGUUCUAACUUCCUGUCUUUGGAAGUUUGUUUUCCUUUUUCUGGGUAUUAGCAACAAAUAAAAUAAGAUUCCCUUUCAUUUGCAACAGAAGGCGGUUGGAGGUUGUUCAACUUGAGUCGGAGGUAGAGUCUGGGAGAGAUCUAAUACUCUGCUCUUCCAGAGCAAACUUCCUUUGCCAUAUAAUUUGCAACUGUGAGCAAAUACUUAUUAUUAUGUCUACCUUCCAUAUUGUAUUCUUCUCCACGGUGCUUACUACCUUCUGGCAUACCAAGUAUUUUGUUUAUCUUAUCUUUCUACCCUACAAUGUAGACUAUGAAAGCAGAGAUUUUGAUUUUAUUCAUUGCCGUAUCCCUGCCUGUAGAAGAGUGCCUACCAUGUAGUAGGUGCUCAAUAGAUAUUUGUUCAAUGACUAAGUAGAUCAGUUUGUCUUUGGGAAUUCCUCCAAUUCGUUGGCUAAAAUUUAGAAGGUUUUGUUAUUUUAAAUAUAGGAAGUAAAAUCCUGAGGAAGUGUAAGGCAUAGCUUGGAAGAGUAGAGUUUACCUGUAUGUUUUACUGUCUCUGGGUUUUACAUUUGUCUUUGAGCAGACAUGAUUUUAAUAUAUUUGUGUUUUAUUGAACGCAAACAAAAGCCAUUCCUACCACCACACCGUAUGAUUGUGUCUCAGUCUGGCUAAAAUCUAAGAAAACUGUUUAUUGUAACAAAAUCUAAUGGAAGCUUGCUGGCAUACCUCUUAAGCGUCAGAGGGUAAUAAGACCAAAAUUAUAAUAAAAUUCAUUACAGGGGCAUUAGCUCAUUAAAAGCACUUCAUUUGUGUUUGUUUGUCUUAGGUGCUAAUUUUAACCUUGAAAAUUGGUCAGAUCGAGCUUCUGGUAUUGAUUUUGGGUUAUCAGUUUUCUGCAUGUACAAGUAAUUAGAUUUGAAAUGUGUUUUAAGCCUGAAUUAAAAGUACUUAGUCACUGGUGACUCAUGGUGAGAAGUUUUUCCUUUUCCCUGCUGGAACAUAUGCCAUUGCCUCCAACCUGGCUUUUUUGAAACCUUGAAAAUAUAAAGAAUCCUACUUUUAUGUACUAGGUUCUGGAAAAGUUCCUCUAAGGUUCAAGGUGUCGGCCUUAGUGACAAUAUUUUUUAAUAAUGAGCACUACUGUUGACUUUCCAAAUAUCUGUACAAUUUUUUUAGUUACUUUAUGGGAAUUUUCUCAUCAUAUGUGAAAUUGUCAAAAGUCUACUAGAUAGUGUGUGUGAAUGACCACAAGGACUUUGUUUUGUUCAUUAUUUUUUUUAAUAAUUAUUUUCAUGUUUGUUUAUUUUUGAGAGAGAGAGCACAAGUAGGGGAAGGGCAGCAAGAGAGGGAGAUAUAGAAUCUGAAGCGGGCUCCAGGUGCUGAGCUGUCAGCACAGACCCUGACGCAUGGCUUGAAUCCACGAACCGUGAGAUCAUGACCUGAGCCGAAGUUGGACGCUUAACUGACUGAGCCACCCAGGCACCCCUGUUUUGUUCAUUAUUGUAUUCCUGGUGCCUAGAACAGUGCUUUGUACAGAGAAAGCAAUUUACAUAUUCGUUGAGUGAAGUUACAUAUAUUCUUAAUGAUAGCACAUCUUAGAAAAAUAAUGAAAGUCUGUUGAUGUAAAUUUUCUCCAGCCCUGUUGAAUUAGCUGAUCGUCAAUUUACAAUCAACCAGGUUUGGGAGGCUCUUGAAUUAGCCCAAGGUAGUUCUGCCCUAACAGCUCUUAGCAUUGAUUGUGCCAACCUGAAAUCUCUCUUAGUGGUUCACUUGCAAAAGGAAGAGUAAAUCGGCAACACCCAUAGGCACUUGCACCUGUGGGAACCAAUGAGCGUCCUAACAGGAAAUACUUUCAGCUUGCAAUACCCAUAGUAAUGUGCAGCACCCAGGUCAUGCUGUUUUUAUCUGCAGUUCCUUAUUAGGAGUGUACAACGCUUCUUGAAGCUUUUAAAUUUAUGUUUAAAAGAGAAUGAUCUUUAAAUUUGAGGAAUAAAAUGUGAAUGGUUAUUUUCCUCUUCCUCAUUAUCAAGGAAUUGGUGAGUUGUCCUCCUUUGAGUUCUUUCUUUACCUUCUAAUCUUGUGUCCCCUGAAAUGUUCCUCUAGCCCAUGGGGAGAGGGGGAAUGGAGAGUACAUAAGUGUAAUUAAAACUUACACUAGUAUUAUUAUCAAUAAUAAUGGGCAGUUCUAAUAUUUACAGGAUACCAUAAUGGUAGGUAUUGAUAGAAUUUCAUAGAUUUUUACCUAAGAUUUGUUUAGCUCGAGCGAGUUUUCCUCUUUUGUAGGGACUGGGGAAAAAAGGUCAGGAAAAGUUUUUAGAAACUUCUUCCCAAAAUGUCAAAACAUAAAGCUGUAUACAUUAAUGUAAUGCCGUUAACGUUAGCUAUCUGACCAGGAAGUACUUUCUUUAAGCCUCAUGUAUAAAACUGUGUCUAUAAUAACUUCCUUUCUCGGAAUGAAGGUGCUGAUAGCGUGGUGGUGUUCUUACAACUUAAGCUGAGCUCAGUUUUAUUUUUCCUAAUGAAAAAGUGGCAGCUUUUUAAAGAGAGCCAUCUCUGGGGCAAUCUUAACUUACUGUUGGAGCUAAAUAAAGAAUUUUUAAAGUAUUUAAUAUGUCGGAUUGGAGAUGCAGGACGUGCAUUUGAGAAGAUCUGUGCAUCAUAAAUGCAAAAGACUGAAGUUUUAAAAGAGGACAAAGGGUUUGCUGCUAAGAUGAAUCUGAGCAAUACGGUAUAUUUUGUGCCAUUCACAAAAAGGUACUAAAAACUUACCACCCAAAAAUUUUAUAAAUGAGAGAUAAGGCUGAGUGGGAUAUCAAAAGCAAAACGUUUGCAAGUACUGGUCACCAUGCCUAAAGGGGUGCCAAAGCACCCAGAGAUUGCUGAUCUCUUCUACAAAGAUGAUCCUGAAGAACUUUUUAUUGAUUUGCAUGAAAUUGGACAUGGAAGUUUUGGAGCAGUUUAUUUUGCCACAAAUGCUCACACCAAUGAGGUGGUGGCAGUUAAGAAAAUGUCCUAUAGUGGGAAGCAGACAAAUGAGAAAUGGCAAGAUAUUCUUAAGGAAGUCAAAUUUUUACAACAAUUAAAGCAUCCUAAUACCAUUGAGUAUAAAGGUUGUUACUUGAAAGAACACACUGCUUGGUUGGUGAUGGAAUAUUGCUUAGGCUCAGCCUCUGAUUUGUUAGAAGUUCAUAAGAAACCACUUCAAGAAGUGGAAAUCGCUGCCAUUACUCAUGGUGCCUUGCAGGGGCUGGCCUACCUGCAUUCUCAUGCACUGAUUCAUAGGGAUAUUAAAGCUGGAAAUAUUCUUCUAACAGAGCCAGGUCAGGUGAAACUAGCUGAUUUUGGAUCUGCCUCAAUGGCCUCUCCUGCCAACUCCUUUGUGGGCACACCUUACUGGAUGGCUCCAGAGGUGAUCUUAGCUAUGGACGAAGGACAGUAUGAUGGGAAAGUUGAUAUUUGGUCACUUGGAAUCACCUGUAUUGAAUUGGCGGAACGGAAGCCCCCCCUUUUCAACAUGAAUGCCAUGAGUGCCUUAUACCACAUUGCCCAGAAUGACUCCCCAACGCUACAGUCUAAUGAAUGGACAGAUUCCUUUAGGAGAUUUGUUGAUUACUGCUUGCAGAAAAUACCUCAGGAAAGGCCAACGUCAGCGGAACUAUUACGGCAUGAUUUUGUUCGACGAGACCGGCCACUACGUGUCCUGAUUGACCUCAUACAGAGGACAAAAGAUGCUGUUCGUGAAUUAGAUAACCUACAGUACCGAAAAAUGAAAAAAAUCCUUUUCCAAGAGACACGAAAUGGACCCUUGAAUGAGUCACAGGAGGAUGAAGAAGACAGCGAACAUGGAACCAGCCUGAUCAGGGAAAUGGACAGCCUGGGCAGCAAUCAUUCCAUCCCAAGUGUGUCUGUGAGUACAGGCAGCCAGAGCAGCAGUGUGAACAGCAUGCAGGAGGUCAUGGAGGAGAACAGCUCUGAGCCUGUCUUGAUGCACGAUGAUGAAAGCCCAGUCAAUUCCAGUUCCUCUGUUGUGCCCAAGAAGGAUCAUGUAUUCAUAAGGGAUGAGGCGGGCCACGGCGAUCCCAGGCCUGAGCCGCGGCCUACCCAGUCAGUUCAGAGCCAGGCCCUCCACUACCGGAACAGAGAGCGCUUUGCCACGAUCAAAUCAGCAUCUUUGGUUACACGACAGAUCCAUGAGCAUGAGCAGGAGAACGAGUUGCGGGAACAGAUGUCAGGUUAUAAGCGGAUGCGGCGCCAGCACCAGAAGCAGCUGAUCGCCCUGGAGAACAAGCUGAAGGCUGAGAUGGACGAGCACCGCCUCAAGCUACAGAAGGAGGUGGAGACGCAUGCCAACAACUCGUCCAUCGAGCUGGAGAAGCUGGCCAAGAAGCAAGUGGCUAUCAUAGAGAAGGAGGCAAAGGUAGCUGCAGCAGAUGAAAAGAAGUUCCAGCAACAGAUCUUGGCCCAGCAGAAGAAAGAUUUGACAACUUUCUUGGAAAGUCAGAAGAAGCAGUAUAAGAUUUGUAAGGAAAAAAUAAAAGAGGAGAUGAAUGAGGACCAUAGCACACCCAAGAAAGAAAAGCAAGAGCGGAUAUCCAAGCAUAAAGAGAACUUGCAGCACACGCAGGCUGAAGAGGAAGCCCACCUUCUCACCCAGCAGAGACUGUACUACGACAAAAACUGUCGUUUCUUCAAGCGGAAAAUAAUGAUCAAGCGGCACGAGGUGGAGCAGCAGAACAUUCGGGAGGAACUAAAUAAAAAGAGGACCCAGAAGGAGAUGGAACAUGCCAUGCUAAUCCGACAUGAUGAGUCUACGCGAGAGCUGGAGUAUAGGCAGCUGCACACGUUACAGAAGCUACGCAUGGACCUGAUCCGUCUACAGCACCAGACUGAACUGGAAAACCAGCUGGAGUACAAUAAGAGGCGAGAAAGGGAACUGCACAGAAAGCAUGUCAUGGAACUUCGGCAACAGCCAAAAAACUUAAAGGCCAUGGAAAUGCAAAUCAAAAAACAGUUUCAGGACACUUGCAAAGUACAGACCAAACAGUAUAAAGCACUCAAGAAUCACCAGUUGGAAGUUACUCCAAAGAAUGAGCACAAAACAAUCUUAAAGACACUGAAAGAUGAGCAGACACGAAAACUUGCCAUUUUGGCAGAGCAGUAUGAACAGAGUAUAAAUGAAAUGAUGGCUUCUCAAGCGUUGCGGCUCGAUGAGGCGCAAGAAGCUGAGUGCCAGGCCUUGAGGCUACAGCUACAGCAGGAGAUGGAGCUGCUCAACGCCUACCAGAGCAAGAUCAAGAUGCAGACAGAGGCACAGCACGAGCGAGAGCUCCAGAAGCUGGAGCAGAGGGUGUCUCUGCGCAGGGCACAUCUUGAGCAGAAGAUUGAAGAAGAGCUGGCUGCCCUUCAGAAGGAACGCAGCGAGAGAAUAAAGUACCUAUUGGAAAGGCAAGAGCGAGAGAUUGAAACUUUUGACAUGGAGAGCCUCAGAAUGGGAUUUGGGAAUUUGGUUACAUUAGAUUUUCCUAAGGAGGACUAUAGAUGAGAUUAAAUUUUUUUGCCAUUUACAAAAAAAAAAGAAAAAAAAAGAAAAAAAAAAGAAAACAGAAAAAAAUUCAGACCCUGCAAAACCACAUUCCCCAUUUUAACGGGCGUUGCUCUCACUCUCUCUCUCUCUUACUCUUACUGACAUCGUGUCGGACUAGUGCCUGUUUAUUCUUACUCCAUCAGGGGCCCCUUCCUCCCCCCGUGUCAACUUUCAGUGCUGGCCAAAACCUGGCCAUCUCUUCUAUUCAUAGUACACGUCACAGUAUUGAUGUGAUUCAAAAUGUUUCAGUGAAAACUUUGGAGACAGUUCUAACAAAACAAUAAACCAACAACAACAAAAAAGUGGGUAUAUAUUGCUUUAAGCAAUCACUCAUUACCACCAAUCUGUGAAAGUAAAGCAAAAAAAUAAAAAUAAAAAUAAUAAUAAUAAUAAUAAAUGCCAAGGGGGAGAGAGACACAAUAUCCGCAGCCUUACACCUUAACUAGCUGCUGCAUUAUUUUAUUUUAUUUUAUUUUUUUGGUAUUUAUUCAUCAGGAAUAAAAAAAAAACAAAGUUUUAUUAAAGAUUGAAAAUUUGAUACAUUUUACAGAAACUAAUUGUGAUGUACAUAUCAGUGGUGACAUAUUAUUACUUUUUUGGGGAC